AUGCUUGACACGACACAAAAGCGCAUCGACGGUGUCAUCGUGAUCGGCAGACUCAAGUUCGAAAGACCAGACUGGCUUCGUAACGAACUCCCCGACUGGCGCCACGCAAUCUACACCCGUGAUGACCGACGUCACACGCUCAGUCUUCCCAAGAACAAAGGCAAGGCCAGCACCGUCUACCUCCAAUACAUUAUCGACCACUAUCACCACUUCCCCGCGACGAUCGUCUUCCUGCACAAUCACCGCAAACCGGGUCACACCGAGUUCCGCGACUACGGGAACGUGGCUGCUGUCUCAUUGCUUCGACAGGAUUUCGUUCAGGAGAAUGGGUUCGCCAAUCUCCGAUGUACUACUGACAGUAGUCCGGAUACAGAGUGCGGAGAUGUGAUUCAUCCAGUGCCCCGGGAGGGCGUACCGUUGACACCCAUUGAGCGGGAGCUUCCCACGGUCUGGGAGAUGUUUUUCAAUACCACCGAUGUCCCGGAGAUGAUUGCAACACCGUAUUCCGGGCAGUUUGCGGUGUCGAGAGAGCAGGUGCGGAAGCGCUCCCGCCCGGAGUACAUACGGUAUCAACAGUGGGUGAUGAAGACGAGUCUGUCGGAUGAGUUGAUCGAACAACUGAUGGGAUCCCUGUGGCAUAUCAUCUUCGGGAAGGAGGCUGUGUAUUGUCCUGAUACGACGCAGUGUUUCCAGGAUGUGUAUGGUCUGUGAGAAGGGGAGAGAACUAGUAUAUAUUUGCUUGCAGUACAGAGCUCUGGAG